AGGGUCGUGAGACACACACAACGUGCUCACAGGGAUGCGAAGAUUCCAAGGAAGCACUUGUUCUUUCUUGAAUCGCAUUUCCUCACCACUGUCAUCCUCAUCGAGGCGAACAUUCCAAUCUAUCUCUCGCGCACACGCCCAAGUCGAUUCCCUACCUACCAAAGCCAUGUCCGGCACCGCUGAGGAACAAGUAGUUCCUCCCGGCCAAACCGACUACUCGACAUGGAGCACCUCAAGCCUCGUUGCCCGAAUCACCGAAUUAGAGCGCCAGUUGCACUCCCGCACAGCGGAAUUUGCCGCAACCCCUUCGAAACAGCUCGAAGACGCAGCCAAGGAUGCAGCUAAGAGCGCCUCCAGCGACGGCAAGGUGAACAAGACCGAACCUUCAUCUCCGGGAGGGAAUAAGAAGCAGGUGCGGCCACCAAAGCCACCGAAAGUGCGCAGGGAAAUCGACCCGUCGAGAUACAAUACCCGGUUUAUUGCUUUGAAGUUUGCCUAUCUGGGACAACGGUACAAUGGGCUUGAGCAUGCGAAUGGGAACGCCACGCCGCUACCCACGAUUGAGGAGGAGAUGUACAAGGCUCUGCGAAAGACGCGACUGAUCUUUCCGACGGAUACAUCGGGUGAUGAGUUUGUGGAGAGCCAUGCGCCCAGAGAGACGAAACCGUAUCACAUCAACUGGGAUGGAUGCGAAUAUUCCAAGGCCGGGCGUACGGAUAGAGGCGUCAGCGCCUUUGGACAGGUUAUUGGUAUUAGAGUGCGCAGUGCACGCCCCAAGGCCAACGAGAUUGUCCAGUCGAGUGGGAAUGCCGAUACGGCUAUGCAGAAUACGGACGAGGCCAGCGAUCCGGUGGAUGAUGGCUGGGAUGACAUCAAGAACGAGCUACCCUACGUGAGUCUGCUGAACAAGGUGCUUCCCGAGGAUAUUCGAGUACUGGCUUGGUGCCCGCGCCCCCCUGAGGGAUUUGAUGCCCGCUUCUCUUGCGGGGAACGUCAUUAUAAAUACUUCUUCACUCAACCAGCCUUUUCUCCUACCCCGGGGCCUUCAGGUUUCAUCUCGCGGGAUGGAAAAGAUACGCCUCCGAAGUUCAGAGAAGGUUGGUUAGACAUUGAUGCGAUGCGCGAAGCUGCCAAGUACUUCGAGGGAACACACGACUUCCGGAAUUUUUGUAAAUUGGAUGUCACUAAACAGAUCGAGUCUUUCCAACGGGACAUCUUCCGCGCCGACAUUGAGCUCCUCGAUGCCAGAACCAAUCCCCUGGGUUAUGUCACUCAGCCGGAAUUUUCCGCUACGGGACAAAGCACGGAAUCUUCACCGGCACCUCUCCCAACAGCAUCUCAGGUAUACGUGUUCCACUUGGAGGGUUCUGCCUUCUUGUGGCAUCAGGUCCGGCACAUGGUCAAUGUCCUCUUCCUAGUUGGUCAGGGGCUCGAGCCUCCGUCCAUUGUGGCGGAGCUGCUUGACGUCUCCAAGAACCCGAGAAAACCAACCUACGAGAUGGCUUCCGAUGCUCCUCUUGUGCUUUGGGACUGCAUCUACCCCGACAAGAAGAGCGGCAGCCGUGCUGAUACCUUGGAUUGGGUCUAUGCAGGCGAUGUUCGGCAAAUCAAAUCUCAUCUCGGUAAAGGGGGUGGCAAGUUCGGUCUUGGAGGGAUCGUGGAGGAGCUCUGGUCCACCUGGAGGCAGCGCAAGAUGGAGGAGAUCCUGGCUGGCGCAUUGCUAGAUUUGGCCGUCAGUCAGGGAGACAAAUCCUCUACCAUCGGUGAAGGAAUGGAGCCAGUUUGGGAGCGGAAGAACCGAGGCAAGAAGAUCUUUGUGGGUGCCAAUGAAUCCCGGACAGGCGGGUUUUAUGUCCCGGUCAUGCAGAAGAGGAAGACAGAGCUCGUGGAAGUUCAAAACGCGAGGUGGCUUGCAGCAAAGCAGCGGAGAAUGGAAAACGGCGCAAAGCCUACCAAGAUGGAAAUGUAGAUAGAUAUGCGCACCUUUUGAACAUAUUUGCAUAGGAUGGCGCCCUUCAAUAUACAAAUCUUUUUG